UUUGACCUAUGAAUGCGGACACAAGUUAAUACAUAGAUAAAUAUGAUAUCAAUCCGGCGCCACGGUUGCUAGAACUGCUUUUACAUCACUAAUUCCACGACUGACCACACGGUGGACGCGGUGUUCUAUUUUAGAUUAAUCUCUGCAGCCUAGAGAAGCAUAUACAGUAUAAAUCAAUCAUUAGGACUAUACAUUGUGUUAUUAGAAGAAAAACAACAUGUUAUUCGAGCUCCAAUUGCUGUGGUAUUGUUUUAAAUGAUCGCACAAGGAAUAGCCAACAUCUAUGAACAAAGAACCCACUAUAUAAUUUUGCACUUUAAGAACGUUUUUCUGUUAGUCAAUCUUGUGUGAUGUUUCAAACCGAGAAUUUCAAAGAUAGUGUACGCCGGUUUGCGCGGUGUGUGUGAGAGAGAGGGAACGAGAGAGAGAGCGCUCAGCUGUAUCCAAAGAACAGCGUUUCACUUUCUGAAGCGCAUGGAUUUUAACUGGAAAGCCCACUGAGAGAGGGAACGUCGUGCGCUCUAUUGAACAGACCCAAAAUGUGAUAUUCUAACAGAUCGAUCCAGUUGAUAAGGACUGCGAAUUUAUUUUGGGAUUAUAUUACUUAAAUAGCUUAUUCGGCUACUUUUACAAACGACCAUACCACUGAUAGGAUACCUUGAUAGUCUAUCUGAUUGAAAUGGUGCGAUGUUCCAAACAAUACUCCAACGCGUUGACUUUUGGUUGAUUUACCUUACAGUUGUACUAUGUGGAGCUUCAGGUGCAGGAGUACACAGUUGCCAUGAGGUUAAAACGGCGUUUCAAUUGCGCCAGAUCGGUCCGUUGAAAUGGGUCCCCGAGGCACCUGGAACAGAUGGCGAGCUGCAGAUCUGCAAGCACGCAGGCCCGUCGUGUUGCACACGCAAGAUGGAGGAGAGUUACCAGGCAGCAGUGCGCAGAGAGACUCUCCAGAAUAUCCGUUCCUACAGCUUUGAGCUCAAGUACCUCAUUGUGGGCCACGCCUCUGCCUUUCAGGACACGUUCCAGUCUCUGCUAUCCUUCACUCUGAACCUGACCACUGGUCUGUUUGACAGUGCCUAUGAGCCCCUCUCCCAGGACGCUCGCCCCCUGGUGGCAGACCUCUUCUCCGACCUCUCUCUCUUCCUGGGAGGAAACGGCAACACCUCCAUGGAGCGCUCCGUGCACCGCUUCUACGACAACCUCUUCCCGCUGGUUUACCGGCGUCUUAUCAACCCUGGGCUGGCCUCGGCCCCACCCUCCUCUGAGCACAGCGAGUGUCUGCGCAUGACACGCCAGGAUGUCAACCCAUUUGGGUCCCACCCCCGUGUCCUGGCCGAGGGGCUGACCCGCGCUCUGAAUGCAGGACGGGCACUGAGCCAGGCGCUGGUGAUAGGGGCAGAGGUGCUGAACGCCACAGAGCGGGCGGGGCUGGCCAGGGAGUGUGGGCGGGCUCUGGUGAGGAUGCAGUAUUGCCCCCACUGCAGGGGCCUGACCCUGAUCCGGCCGUGUGGAGGACUGUGUCUGAAUGUGAUGCGGGGCUGCUUGGUAGGGCUCUCGGAGCUGGACGGGCCCUGGAGGCGCUACGUGGCCCUGCUGCAGGAAAUGACAGGGGCCCUGGCUGAAGGCCACGACCUGGAGCUGGCUCUGCAGGGCAUCAGGAACCACGUCAAUGACGCUAUCCUGCACGCACAGCUGCACGGGCCACGUAUCAGUGCCAUCGUUGAUAAAGUAUGUGGGCCUCUCACAGACACUCCGUCAGUGACAAGCAUACGUUCCACCCUGAAGGUCAUGACCUCUGUGAGUACCUCCCCGACCUCGAUGGUGAUGACGUCCUCCCCAGCUGAGGUCACACGGGACCACUUGUCGCAUACCAGGAGGUCCUUUCCUCUGAAACCAUCCAAGAAUAAUAAGCCUAGAAGUCUAAAAAAGAUCUCAAGAGAGUUUAUGGGCUAUAUCCAACGCUACAGGUCCUUCUUCUCUGCGUUGCCAGAGAUGCUUUGUGAGAGUGAGAUGGUGGUGGAUGACUUCACCUGCUGGAGCGGGGAGGAUGUGGUGGAGAGUUAUGUGGGCCGUGUUGUGGGUAACGGCCUUCAGGCCCAGAAAAACAACCCAGAGAUCAAGGUCCGCAGCAUCGACCCCAUCCUGGUGGGAGCUAGAGACAGACUAGAACAUUUCAAACGGGAAAUGCAGGGUCAGAUGGGCUGGACGUCAGACUGGGGGGGGUGGGUGGAGAAGGGCAGUGGUACGAGAGAAGAGGCCAGCGGAGAGUGUGACGAUGAGGACGGAUGUCAAGGAUCUGGAGAUGAAGACUUUCCCAAUGAGAGAGUGGACGUGGCCAGCACUCAUGUUCCUUUUGGGAAGAGCCCGGCAGUCAGGGAGCCCCCAUGGCACGUCCCCACUGCCCAACCCCCACCACAGGUAGCUGUGAGAGCUGCGGGUCACACCCCAACACCCCACCCAGCUAUCACCAUCACCCUCAUCCUCCUGUCUGCCCUGGCGUUACCAUGGCACCCACUCUGAAACCCCCUCCGCUAAUCACACCGACUGAGCACACAUGAGAGGUGGGGAGCAUUCACAAGAAGGAAAAGCAGGAAGAGGAGGAUGAGAAAAAGGACAAGAGGAGGAGCUCGCCAGCGAACCUGUUGCUUUCCCUCAGCUGCUCCCUGUUUGUUAAUGGGAGCUGGGCUGCAUGGCUGUGUUUGUGCGAUGUAGGAUGUGUCUCAUAAAAUCUCUCUCUCCCUUGCUGCCUUCUCCACUGCUGCCUUCUCCACUGCUUUUUCCUCACUGCCUCCUCCUCUCUGGUUCUCUGGACUGCCUGGUCUGUUGACCAUCAGAUGUGGCCAGCUACACAUCCCACUGCUCUCUAGUAGGGACAACCAUGGUUCUGGUGGUUCUCCUGCGGUCCUUAGAUUUAGGAACAGUAAAGUUCACAAACAGUGCUGAACUGAAGAAUGUAAUCAGGGCCUAAAAAGACAUCAUUUCUCCUCACCUCUCUACACGCAAAGUCAACCGUCAUGUUCUCUGGGGUCUCUCCAUUUGUUACUUAGUUUGCAUUUGAUUAUGCCACCUGUUAAUAGUCACAGAGCAUACUAUACAUGUUUAUAUCGUCCCAUGUGGGACUUAUAUUGUGUAUUCAUGUGUGGGUAUUUGUUUGUGUGUGUUUAUUUACCUAUAUUUACGUCUCUACAUGUUUCGUGAAAAAGUAUUUGCCCUUUUCUGAUUUUCUCUAUUUUUGCAUAUUUUUGAUACUGAAUGUUAUCAGAUCUUCAACCAAAAGCUAAUGUUAGAUAAAGGGAACCUGAGUUUACAAAUAACAAAAACAUUUAUACUUAUUUUAUUUAUUUAAUUAACAAAGUUAUGCAACACCCAAUUCCCCCUUACACUCAAAGGUAAUUGCCCCCUUACACUCAAUAACUAGUUCUGCCACCUUUAGCUGCAAUGACUGCAACCAGAUGCUUCCUGUAGUUGUUGGUCAGACUCUCACAUCGCUGUGGAGGAAUGUUAGCCCACUUUUGCAUGCAGAACUGCUUUAACGCAGCGAUAUUUGUGAGUUUUCAAGCAUGAACUGCUCGGUUCAAGUCCUGCCACAACAUCUCAAUAGGGAUUAGCUCUGGACUUUGACUAGGCCAUUCCAAAACUUCAUAUUUGUUGCAUUUUAGCCAUUUCAUGUAGACUUGAUUAUGUGUUUUGGAUCAUUGUCUUACUGAAUGACCCAGCUGCACUUCAGCUUCAGCUCGCAGAUGGAUAGCCUGACAUUCUCCUGUAGAAUUCUCUGAUACUGAGCAGAAUUCAUUGUUCCUUCUAAUAAGGCAUGUCGUCCAAGUCCUGAGGCAGCAAAGCAUCCCCAAACCAUCACACUACCACCUCUAUGCUUGACCAUUGGUAUGAGGUUCUAACUGUGGAAUGCAGUGUUUGGUUUUUGGUUUUUGCCAGGCAAAAUGGGACCCAUGUCGUCCAAAAUGUUGACUCAAGUAAAAAGCACCUGUGUCAUGUCCCGACCAUAGAAAGUCUUUAUUUUCUAUGGUGGAGUAGGUCAGGGCGUGACUGGGGGGUGUUCUAGUUUAUUAUUUCUAUGUGUAGUCUAGUUUUUGUAUUUCUAUGUUGGCCUGGUAUGGUUCCCAAUCAGAGGCAGCUGUCUAUCGUUGUCUCUGAUUGGGGAUCAUAUUUAGGCAGCCUUUUUCCCACCUGUUGUUUGUGGGAUCUUGUUUUUGUAUUGUUGCUUUUGAGCCCUACAAGGCUGUACGUUCGUUUGUUUCUCUUUAUUGUUUUGUUGCUGGUUCACAUUUAAAAUAAAUAUGAUGAACCCAAAUCACGCUGCGCCUUGGUCUACCCAGUAUGACGAUCGUUACAACCUGGAAGCAACUGGAUGAAUAUCAAGACUCUUGGAAUAAUGUUCUAUGGAUAGAUGAUUUAAAAGUAUAACUUUUUGGAUGACACGGUUCCCAUUAUGCCUGGCAAAAACCAAACACUGCAUUCCACAAUUAGAACCACGUACCAACGGUCAAGCAUAGAGGUGGUAGUGUGAUGGUUUGGGGAUGCUUUGCUGCCUCCUUAAUAGAAGGAACAAUGAAUUCUGCUCUGUAUCAGAGAAUUCUACAGGAGAACGUCAGGCUAUCCAUCUGCGAUCUGAAGCUGAAGUGCAGCUGGGUCAUUCAGUAAGACAAUGAUCCAUGUAAUUGUUGUGUUAUUUGUUCACUCAGGUUCCCUUGAUCUAAUAUUACGUUUUAGUUGAAGAUUUGAUAAUUCAUUAUAAAAAUGAUGCAAAAGUAGAGACAAAUAGAAAGGGGGAAAAUACUUUUUCACGGCACUGUCUGUGUUUCUUUACCUAUCAUCUUCUUUCAUUUUAAAACUUGUAAUAAUGGCUUGUACGGUACUAGAACUGACCUACUAGACAAAUGUAAAUACACAUAUUUAUGUAAAUAUACAGUUUGUACUGUAUAAGGAUAGGAUGACAAGGGCUUAAUUGGAGUUGUUGCUGUGGAAAUAUAAACUUCACCAUAUUAUUUUGCUCGUGUGUUUUGAUUGGCUCAAGCCCGAAAAUAUGUUCCCACACACUGACAUCCUAGUUAACCUGCAUCCAUUGCAUCGAGAUCACCUCUAUAAUUAGGGCAAGUGUAUACAUGUAUAUAUUUGAAGUCGCACACAAUGCUGAUUCAUCUAUGUUACAUGUUUUAUUACAGACGUUGCUCACUUUAAAGGGAUGCUGCAAACACCUCCACCCUGCAUGAAAUUUUAGGUUUACCGAUAAGCAAGUGUGUUUAACCUAGCCUAGUAAGGAAAUAAUAGCUGCAUAAACAAAUUGCCUACAACUCAAUAAAGACCCCACAUGAAAAAAUACAACAGUUCACUAUAGAAUAGUACACUAUAGAAUUCUAUAUUAUACUGUAGAAUACUAUACUACACACUAGAUAUUAUCACGUUAGCCGAUGUGAUAUGUAUUGCGAUUUUUACGAUUCUCACGACUCUAUAUGUAUUGCGAUUCGAUACUGUGAUUUUAUUGCAAUUGGAUGUUCCAAACAUAUUGCUUACCAUAUAUCUGCUGCAGAUGGACAAGAGAGCCAUGAGAAAAUGAGUUUCAUCAGUCAUGGAAAUAAAAGUGCUGAAUACAAAUUGGCUCCCUAAUUUAAAAAGAUGGAGAACAAGUUAUGAAGGAAAAACACUGGAGUUUUGGUGCAGGUACAGCCAACUAGCGCAUACAUAAUACUGCAAUAUUGUCAAAAACGAUACUAUAUGUAUCAUCAAAAAUAAUAUCCCGAUAUGUAACAAUAUCAAUUUUGUCCCCCAUCACUACUACACACUGUAGUAUCCCUCGAUCAUGUGUAGUACUUACUAUAGAAUGUUGUAGUACACUGUAAAAUACUAAAGUCGAUACUACAGUAAAAAACACUAAUAAAUACUACGUUAAUGUCCGCAAAAACACUAACCCUUUUUAAACUAUAGUAAAUACUACAGUAUCUUAUUUGCAUAUACCCUGCCCAUUCCCCUCCCCCAUAUCUGCAAAUUCCCCUCCAUCAUAUCACAAUUUUUGCCACCCAUAAAUGAGAAACCGACAUUCUAUUUAUAGACCAUACAGUAUAUUGUGUAAGCUACAGGUUAUUGUUCCUUACUAUCCAUUCAGACCCCAGUCCUACCUACCUACAGGUUAUUGUUCCUUACUAUCCAUUCAGACCCCAGUCCUACCUACCUACAGGUUAUGGAAAAUGUGCUCUUUUAGUAUUUCUCCAGUAUGUUUCCUGAAGGAGAAAGCUUCCACUUCUAUGUUAAAGAUAAUUCAACAAAAACACUACAGUAAAUACUAAUCCUAGUAAUGUCUGCAAAAACACUACAGUAAAUACUACAGUAUUGUACAGUCUGCAAAAAACUACAUUAAUUACUACAGUAUAUGCUACAGUUAUUUUACUAUACUAUAGUUUACUGUAAAUACUACAGCAAAUACUACAAUGAAUACUACAAAGUCUGCAAAAACACUACAGUGAAUACUAUAGUAUUUAUACCAUAGUAUACUUAAGCAAUAAGUGUCCUUAUGGUAUAUGACCAAUAUACCAUGGCUAAGGGCCGACACAACGCGGUACCUAGAUACUGCCUGUAGCUGUGGUAUAUUGGCCAUAUACCACAAACCCCUGAGGUGCCUUAUUGCUAUUAUAAACUGGUUAACAACGUAAUUAGAGCAGUAAAAUGAAAUGUUUUGUCAUACCCGUGGUAUACCACGGCUCUCAGACAAUCAGCAUUCAGGGCUCGAACCACCCAGUUUAUAAUUUUUAGGUGCGACCCCAUGAAAUCCAUGUCUAUCCAUGUGGCUUUGAGCUGUUACUGGGAGACAGAUUGUCCAAUAUUCUGCUAUACUGGACAACCAUGUACCCUGUGACUCCCCUGUUGUUCUGAAUUCCAGGUUCAGUGGUACAUAAUGUACCUCAUCACUCCUUCUACACUGCUUCUAUACUUAUUUCAAUGUCGAUGUUAUGAUAUGAUGUGAUCUUGCUUUGCAACCCCUUUAAAAUGCUGUAAAUGUUCAGAGCCAUUUGAGUGGCGACAGAACUGAUAUACUAGACUGGCCCUUUAUCUUAAAUGGAUGGAGCCUUUGUCUGUAGACUCGCAUGGACAUUUAAUAAACAUAUAACAGUCAACCUGA